UCCCCGCAGUAGGCAGGAGCUGCUGUGACGGUCGCCAUGUUGGUCUCCAAUUUUGCCUGCAGUAGCGAGCUGUAGCUGAGACGGCAGGGGACUGGAGCGGCAGGGAAAACGCAGAGUUCCGGAGCGAUAUGCCCAAGAAGGCAAAUAUUUUUCGCCGAAGCACAGCGCAAUCCGACACGGCCAUCGGAGCAUAGGCGACGUCUUACAGUGAUGAAGAAAGCCUUUACCAGCCAUCUCUUUUAACCUGAGAUCACAGGGAUGGACAGAGGAAAAAAAGAGAAUGGAAUUAAAAAAAACUAGCUAAGGCUUUUUUCCUCUCAAUCGGCAGACCUAACACAGAGGAGGGGCAUUGGAGCUUUGUAGCAUUGCAGAUUUGCCAUUGAUGCAUUUUUUUGUUGCUGCAUUGUAGCUAGAUGAUCGAUUAUCGACAGUUCAAGAGGAUCAUUUUAACUGUUCUUUGUCACUGGAAUGAAUUUCCUGUGGAUAUCUGGAAGAGGCUAAUUUAAAUACGAAAGGAAAUUUUGUUGCCAGCGCGUUAGCUAGCCAGCUAGCUCGCUGGUUACGUCAAAACAGCCGGUCAGGGCAGGGUCUGCAAUUGUGGAUUUUUCAUUUAUAGUCCUCAGCGGAAUACAUUAGCUAACGUUAAAUAAAAUGAGGAAAUAUUACAUUCCUCUUCUAUUUCCAAGGUGUAUUAUAUUUAUAUGAGAAUGAUCAAGAUUCGUUUAGUCAGCUAGUUGCUAACUAGGUAGCUUGUGAUAUUCGAAGUUUUAAAAAGGUGAAAUAUUAAGUGUGCCUCUCCUCCAGCUCGAUUGAUUUUUUACCUUUUUUUUCAAAAUUCUUUUAAAAAUUGCACACGGUCACAACUGAACCAUGUCGGGAGAGGUUCGUUUGAAGAAACUAGAAAAACUGAUUUUGGACGGGCCAGCUCAAUCAAAUGGCCAGUGCUUUAGUGUGGAAACGUUGUUGGAUAUCCUAAUAUGCCUUUAUGAUGAGUGCAACAACUCGCCGCUCAGGAGAGAGAAAAAUGUGUUGGAGUUUCUGGAUUGGGCCAAACCCUUCGCCUCGAAAGUGAAGCAGAUGAGGCUCCACAAGGAGGACUUCGAGAUCCUGAAGGUGAUUGGCCGCGGAGCGUUCGGAGAGGUCGCCGUGGUGAAGGUGAAGAACGCAGACAAGGUGUUCGCCAUGAAGAUCCUCAACAAGUGGGAGAUGCUGAAGAGAGCCGAGACGGCGUGCUUCCGGGAGGAGCGGGACGUGCUGGUGAACGGGGACAGCCAGUGGAUCACCACCCUGCACUACGCCUUCCAGGACGACAAUUACCUGUACCUGGUGAUGGAUUACUACGUGGGAGGUGACCUGCUGACCCUGCUCAGCAAGUUCGAGGACCGCCUGCCCGAGGACAUGGCGCGCUUCUACCUGGCCGAGAUGGUGCUGGCCAUCGACUCCGUACACCAGCUGCACUAUGUCCACAGAGACAUCAAGCCAGACAACAUCCUCAUGGACAUGAACGGUCACAUCCGGCUGGCCGACUUCGGCUCCUGCCUCAAGCUGAUGGAGGAUGGAACAGUCCAGUCCUCGGUUGCCGUGGGGACGCCAGACUACAUCUCGCCCGAGAUCCUGCAGGCAAUGGAGGACGGGAAGGGGAAAUACGGGCCGGAGUGCGACUGGUGGUCGCUGGGCGUCUGCAUGUACGAGAUGCUGUACGGGGAGACGCCCUUCUACGCGGAGUCCCUGGUGGAGACCUACGGCAAGAUCAUGAACCACAAGGAGCGCUUCCAGUUCCCGGCCCACAUGGCGGACGUGUCGGAGAACGCCAAGGACCUGAUCCGCCGGCUGAUCUGCAGCCGCGAGCACCGGCUGGGCCAGAACGGCAUCGAGGACUUCAAGCAGCACCCCUUCUUCUCCGGCAUCGACUGGGACAACAUCCGCACCUGCGAGGCGCCCUACAUCCCCGAAGUCAGCAGCCCCACCGACACGUCCAACUUCGACGUGGACGACGACUGCCUCAAGAACUCGGAAACGAUGCCCCCUCCCUCCCACACGGCCUUCUCCGGACAUCACCUGCCCUUCGUCGGCUUCACCUACACCAGCAAAUGCAACCUGUCAGACCGAGGCUGCCUGCGGGAGUCUGCGGAGCCUGCACAGAUGGACGUGUGCGUGCAGCGCAGCCUGGAGGAGAGCCUGGCCACGGAGGCCUACGAGCGGCGGAUACGGCGGCUGGAGCAGGAGAAGCUGGAGCUCAGCCGCAAGCUCCAAGAGUCCACGCAGACGGUGCAGGCCCUUCAGUACUCCAGCGUCGAUGGGCCCGUCGCUGCCAACAAGGAGGUGGAGAUUCGCAGCCUGAAGGAGGAGAUUGAGGCGCUGAAGAAGCAGAUUGCGGACUCGGGUCAGCUGGAGCAGCAGCUGGAACAGGCCAGCACGGUCCGCAGGGACCUGGAGGACUCCUCCAAGCACAUCAAGACCCUGGAGAAACAGAUGAAGGGCAUGAGGCAGGAGAGGGACGACAUGCAUAAGGAGCUGCUGGAGUCCAGCGAGAAGCUGAAGUCCCAGACGAAGGAGCUGAAGGAGGCGCACAGCCAGAGGAAGCUGGCCAUGCAGGAGUUCUCCGAGAUGAGCGAGCGCCUGACGGAGCUGCGCUCCCACAAGCAGCGCCUCUCCCGCCAGCUCCGCGACAAGGAGGAGGAGAUGGAGGGGGUCAACCAGAAGGUGGAGGCGCUUCGGGCGGAGGUGCGCAAGGCAGAGAGGGCCAGGAAGGAGCUGGAGGUGCAGGCAGAGGAGCGUGAGGCCGAGGCUCAGAAGGAGAGGAAGCUGAGAGAGCGCAGCGACCAGUACAGCAGACAGCUGGAGGAAGAGCUGGAGGGCCUGAAGCAGAAGCAGCUGGGUCGCUCGCCGGGCGUGGCCGGCUCCGACCAGCACCAGGAGCUGAGCAAGCUGCGCACGGAGCUGGAGAAGAAGACCCUGUUCUACGAGGAGGAGCUGUCCCGCCGCGAGCUGGUGCACGCCAACGAGCUCAAGAGCCUGAAGAAGGAGCUGCGGGACGCCGAGGGCCAGCAGCUCGCCCUCAACAAGGAGAUCCUGGUGCUCAAGGACAAGCUGGAGAAGACCCGGCGCGAGAGCCAGAGCGAGCGCGAGGAGUUCGAGACGGAGUACAAACAGAAGUACGAGAGGGAGAGGGUCCUGCUGACCGAGGAGAACAAGAAGCUCUCCAGCGAGCUGGACAAGCUGACGGCCAUGUUUGAGAAGCUGAGCAGCAGCAACAGACAGCUGGAGGAGGAGAUGCGUGAGCUGGCUGACAAGAAGGAGAGCGUGGCGCACUGGGAGGCGCAGAUCACAGAGAUCAUCCAGUGGGUGAGCGAUGAGAAGGACGCGCGGGGCUACCUCCAGGCCCUGGCCACCAAGAUGACCGAGGAGCUGGAGGGCCUGAGGAACUCCAGCCUGGGCGCCCGAGCCACGGAUAUGCCCUGGAAGAUGCGCCGCUUCGCCAAGCUGGACAUGUCCGCCCGCCUGGAGCUGCAGUCCGCCCUGGAUGCCGAGAUCCGGGCCAAGCAGGCCAUCCAGGACGAGCUCAACAAAGUGAAGGCCACCAACAUCUCCACCGAGUGCAAACUGCAGGAGGCGGAGAGCAAGAACCAGGACCUGCUGGCUGAGAUCGAGAAGCUGAAGAAGGAGACGGAGGACCUGCGCAUGGGGAAGGGUGUGAAGCACCAAGACUCCCAGAACUCCUUCCUGGCAUUUUUGAAUGCCCCUACCUCAGCUCUCGAUCAAUUUGACCGUUCUCCUGCCUGUGUCGCCGCUAGCAAAGGCAGACGCAUUGACUCCAUCGACAACUUCACGCUGUCCAACACCCCAUCCCGGGACGAAGAGGCCAAGUCCCACCUCAUGUCACGCUCCCGCUCGCCCUCCACGGCUAGUGACAUGGAGCCCAUCGAGUUGAUAGACCACCCCCCACGCACCGUGCAGACUCCCACAAUGAGGUCUGGAUACAGCGCGUCUGGCCUUCUAACACCCAAGCCCAAAGCUCACCAGUUUGUGGUGAAGUCCUUCACCACCCCCACUAAAUGCAACCAGUGCACCUCCCUGAUGGUGGGGCUGAUUCGGCAGGGCUGCACCUGUGAAGUCUGCAACUUCUCCUGUCACGUGACGUGCGCGGACAAGGCGCCGGCGGUCUGCCCCAUCCCCCCAGACCAGACCAAGGGCCCCCUGGGCAUCGACCCGCAGAAGGGCAUCGGCACGGCCUACGAGGGCCACGUCCGGGUGCCCAAGCCUGCGGGGGUUAAGAAGGGCUGGCAGAGAGCCCUCGCGGUGGUGUGCGACUUCAAGCUCUUCCUGUACGACCUGGCCGAGGGCAAGGCCUCCCAGCCCAGCGUGGUGGUCAGCCAGGUCAUCGACAUGAGGGACGAGGAGUUCUCUGUCAGCUCGGUUCUGGCCUCAGACGUCAUCCACGCCAGCCGGAAGGACAUACCCUGCAUCUUCAGAGUGACCGCCUCCCAGCUCUCGCCCUCCAGCAGCAACAAGUGCUCCAUCCUGAUCCUAGCCGACAGCGACCAGGAGAGGAACAAGUGGGUGGGGCUGCUGAACGAGCUGCACCGCAUUCUGAAGAAGAACAAGCUGAAAGAGCGCUUCGUCUACGUGCCCAAAGAGGCCUACGACAGCACCCUGCCCCUCAUCAAGACCACGCAGUCCGCCGCUAUCAUAGAUCACGAGCGUGUUGCCCUGGGCAACGAGGAGGGACUGUACGUCAUCCAUGUUACCAAAGAUGAAAUCAUCCGGGUCGGGGACAACAAGAAGGUCCACCACAUCGACCUGAUCGCCUCCGAGCAGCUGCUGGCCGUCAUCUCCGGCCGCAACCGCCACGUGCGCCUCUUCCCCAUGACGGCGCUGGACGGGCGCGAGACGGACUUCUACAAGCUGGCGGAGACCAAGGGCUGCCAGGCGCUGGCGUCGGGGCCCGUGCGGCACGGCGCCCUCACCUGCCUGUGCGUGGCCAUGAAGCGGCAGGUCAUCUGCUACGAGCUCAACAAGAGCAAGGCGCGCCACCGCAAGCUGCGCGAGAUCCAGGUGCCCGGCGCCGUCCAGUGGAUGGCGCUGCUGAGCGAGCGGCUGUGCGUGGGCUACCAGGCGGGCUUCGCGCGCUACAGCCUGCACGGCGAGGCGCCGCCCGUCAGCCUGCUGCACCCGGAGGACCACACGCUGGCCUUCAUCGGCCAGCAGGGCCUGGACGCCAUCUGCGCCGUGGAGAUCUCCAGCAAGGAGUUCCUGCUCUGCUUCAGCUGCCUGGGCGUCUACGUCGACUGCCAGGGCCGCCGCUCCCGCCAGCAGGAGCUCAUGUGGCCCGCCGUGCCCAGCGCCUGCUGCUACAACGCCCCCUACCUGUCGGUGUACAGCGAGAACGCCGUGGACGUGUUUGACGUCAACACCAUGGAGUGGAUUCAGACCAUCCCCCUGAAAAAGGUCCGGCCCCUAAACACAGACGGCUCCCUCAACCUCCUGGGCCUGGAGACCGUCCGGCUCAUUUAUUUCAAGAACAAGAUGGCAGAGGGAGACGAGCUGGUGGUUCCUGAAACGUCGGAUAACAGCCGGAAGCAGAUGGUGCGCAACAUCAACAACAAGAGGCGCUUCUCCUUCCGCGUGCCGGAGGAGGAGAGGAUGCAGCAGAGGAGAGAAAUGCUGAGAGACCCUGAGAUGAGGAACAAGCUGAUCUCCAACCCCACCAACUUCAACCACGUGGUGCACAUGGGGCCGGGAGAUGGCAUCCAGAUCCUGAAGGACCUGCCCAUGCCAGGAUCUCCCGUCACCUCCUGCCCCUCCCCCCACCUGCGCCUCAUCUCCACCCCCACCAGCUUUGAGCACGUCUAUCACAUGACUGUCCACUCCGCCGAAAACUUCCUCUCCCAAGACUCCGCCCCCCUUUCCUCCUACUCUCCAUCCCUGCGCUCUGUCCCCGGGACGCCGGCCUCCGUCUGCUCUCGGAACAUCCGCCCCCAGGAGAGCCGCACCGUCUUCAGCGGGUCCGUCAGCAUCCCCUCCAUCACCAAGUCCCGCGGCGAGCCCGGCCGCUCCAUGAGCGCCAGCAGCGGGCUGGGCAUACGUGCCUCCUCUCAGAACGGCAGCGCCCUGCGGAGGGAGUUCUCUGGCGGCAGCUACGGGUCCAGGCGGCAGGCGAUGACCUCGCCCUCCGAGGGCUCCCUGUCGUCGGGCGGAGGCAUGGACGGGGGCAGCGACGCGCCCAUCUCGCAGUUCGACAGAGAGUGGCAGGCCAUUUCGCCAUUGGAGAAGACCCCCGAUCUGAAAAGGGCUUUAAGGACCCUGCUUAGUAAAAUGAAGGACUCGGACUCCCCCCGGCACUCGACGGCCUCCAACAGCUCCAACCUGAGCAGCCCCCCGAGCCCCGCCUCCCCGCACAAGACCAAGUCCCUGUCUCUGGAGAGCACAGACCGCAUGGGCUGGGAGACAUGAGCCACCGCCCCACCCCUGGAACCCGCCUCUAACCGCGCCCCCAAAACCCCUUCCCCCUGCCCCCAACCCUGCAAACCCCCACACGCAGGCCCCGCCCACAUCAGCACACCUGGAAUCCCCGAUCAGACCCCGAGUGCAGGCCCCGCCCAUUCCAUCGCCACAGCACACCUUCAGAGCUGAAAAAAAAAUCACAUUAAAUUAAGGCAGCGGAAACAGGAAGAAGACGACAUCGCCCCUCUGGCAAAGCUACGUUAUAGAAAGGAAACAACGUCUGUGAGGUGUAUAUAUGUUUGUGUUUGAGUGUGCGCGUCACAUUUAACAAAAAAAAUCUGCCUGAGUCUGAGUCAGACUGCUGACGAAGAAGCUAUCUGUCGUCAACUCCGUGUCUCUCGGUAGUCACACUGACGGGUGCAGGUGGGCGAUGGCCUCUUCGUUCGGCAUCACUGAGAGAGGUAAACCACCAGAGAAGAAAAGACACCGUACUGAAAGAAAAGAAAAGGAACUAAAAACCAAUUGCAUUUGUACAUACCCCAUGUUAGAUUUCAAGGUUAGCAUUGUAUUUAUUGCUAGAGUGGGUUUCCCUCCGUGUGAGAGGUUGGCGAGAUGGAGGGGGUCUGACGUGGACCCCAGGCCUGAAGAGGAGGGACACGGGGUGAGAAGGCAAGGGAGGCUUUUCUGUUCUUUCUUUGUGCUUUUAGCUUCUUUACCUGAGUGUUGUGGACAUUAGUUGACACCUCCUUAACUUCACGGCUAGUGGAAACAGAGGAAACGACGUGAUUGCAUUCUCCAGAGAGGCUUGGAAAAAAAAAGAAAAACAACUAGAACGAAAACGAAACAAAAAAAAAAAAGGGCGCCGUCUCCGAACAAAUCCAGUCCAAACACGGCGAUGACUGCGUCGCCCGAUCUUGUUUUAUUUUGAUUUUAUUUUUCUAAUUUGCUCUUGGAAGUGUUGAUGAGUGUGCUGUGAAUUUGCUUUACGAAAAGAAGAAAAAAAAAACGAUGCAGUGCUUAACGGGGUAAAAAAAAAAAAA